AGAAGGAAGAUGGCGGCGGCCCCGCUGUACUGUGUCUGCCGGCAGCCCUACGAUGUAAGCCGGUUUAUGAUCGAGUGUGACAUCUGUAAAGACUGGUUUCACGGCAGCUGUGUGCAGGUAGAAGAGCAUCAUGCUGUGGACAUUGAUGUUUACCACUGUCCCAACUGUGAUGUGGAACACGGACCCUCCCUGAUGAAAACGCGCAACAACUGCCACAGGCACGACUACACAGAGCCAAACGAUGGGCUGAAGCCGGUGCAGGCUGGCACCCCAGUGUUCGUCAAGGAGCUGCAGACCAGGACCUUUGCCAGUGGUGAGGAGAUCAUGAUGCAGAUGAAGGGCGAGCAGGUGACCACCCGCUACCUGGAGAGACACGGCUUCAGCUACCCCAUUAAAGUCACAGAGAUGGAGGGCCUGGGACUCAAACUACCACCCCCUACUUUCUCUGUCAAAGAUGUGGAGCAGUAUGUGGGUAGCAAAAAAAUCAUCGACGUGAUAGAUGUGGCACGACAGGCGGACAGCAAGAUGAAGCUCAGUGAGUUUAUCAAGUAUUACUCCAACCCGUGUCGACCCAAAGUCCUCAACCUCAUCAGCCUGGAGUUCUCUGACACCAAGAUGUCGGAGUUGGUGGAGGUUCCCGACGUGGCUCAGAAGAUGUCCUGGGUGGAGAACUACUGGCCCGACGACUCCUUCUUCCCCAAGCCCUUUGUCCAGAAGUACUGCCUCAUGGGAGUCAAGGACAGCUACACAGAUUUCCACAUAGACUUUGGAGGCACCUCUGUCUGGUAUCAUGUUCUCUGGGGUGAGAAGAUCUUCUACUUGAUCAAGCCCACCCCCGCCAACCUUGCACUAUACGAGGCAUGGAGCUCCUCGCCCAAUCAGAGCGAAGUGUUCUUUGGGGACAAAGUGGACAAGUGUUACAAGUGUGUCGUGUCCCAAGGAACCACCCUGCUCAUCCCUACAGGCUGGAUCCAUGCUGUGCUCACCUCUCAGGAUUGCAUGGCGUUCGGAGGGAACUUCCUUCACAACCUCAAUAUUGGCAUGCAGCUCAGGUGUUAUGAAAUGGAGCGUCGCCUGAAAACCCCAGACCUCUUUAAGUUUCCGUACUUCGAGGCCAUCUGUUGGUAUGUGGCCAAGAACCUCUUGGAAAUGCUGAAAGAGCUACGAGAGGACAACUGUCCACCCCCAAUCUACCUGGUGGAGGGAGUGAAGGCUUUAAUCAGCGCACUGAGGACGUGGUUGAAGAGAGAGGUGACUGAGCCUUCCAGUGAGGUACCAGACAAUAUCAGGCCCAACCAUCUCAUUAAAGAGCUGACCAAGGAAAUCCGCUACCUGGAGGAGGAACCAGUCAGCGUUAGCAAGCCAGUGAAACCUCAGGGAAGUGUGUGUGGAGUAGCAUCUGGAUCAAACGGCUGCCCGGCCACUCGCGCCCCACUGGAGAGGCUGGACCACGCCCGGCAGGCGAGGAGGGCGGCCCGGAGGCUGAGGGAGCAGCAGCGGCACGCCCCCAAGGUGCCCUCCAACCUGGACAUCUUAGAGCGGCACACCAAGGAGGUGCUGAGGAGGCUGGAAGUGGGACCGCUGGAGGAGGAUGCGGCGUUCUGUGCCAAGGUUCGUGGGAAGCUGAAUAAAGUGUCGACGGCAUCAGCCGCUGCUGCCGCCGAGUCUCUAGAGGACAACCACCACCUACGGCUGAUGCUCGUCAAUGGAAGAAUCAUCAGAGACUUGAGGCAGCCAGCCAGCAACCCAGUGAAGACGGAGGCUGAGUGGUCAUCGGGCAGCCCACCAAAGAGUUGUACGGACGUGAAGUCUGAAAGGACAGAGGACAGCGGAGAGCAGCCCAGCACAGUCGGGAAACCCACGUUCCUCAGUGGUCUGGAGAGGAUGAAGACUGAACUCAGGGAAGAAGUGUCAGGACACUCCGGUGUGUCAGACGCAGAUUCAGACAGUGACUCUCCCACAGAGCAUAAAGCAGCAGCAUCGUCGUCGUCGUCGUCUUCAUCAUCAUCGUCGUCGUCCUCCUCUUCUGAUGAGGAUUCAGGGAGUUCCCAGGAGGAAGAGGAGGAUGAAAGGGGCUCAGGGCACACCAUAGAGCUGGACCAGUCUGGCCAGAAACUCAGGCACGAACACAAACCACUCAAACGAGAACGUCCUACCUCACCCAGCACAGAAGAGGCCAUUCAGGGGAUGCUGUCUAUGGCCGGGCUGCUGUGCUCCUCCGAGCCAGAGAAGGUGGCCUCCUCCCAGGAGUCCUGGUGGUCCGGCUCCAGCCAGGGCUCGCCUCUGGAGCGGAGGGAGGAGGCGCAGCACCGCCUGCAGGGAGACCAGAGCCCCAUGGACAGCCAGGGCAACAGCAGUGAAGCCUGGGACAAUCAGGGGCUCCCCAGCCCACUCAGCAGGGGCCACAGCGGCAGCCCAGAGACAGAAUACCAGUACUGUGACCCCUCCAUGUCCCCACCACUGCACCCCUCCAAGAGGCACGCACCCAACCCCCCACCCAUCAGCAAUCAGGCCACGAAAGGCAAAAGGCCCAAAAAAGGAAUGGCCACAGCCAAGCAGAGACUGGGGAAGAUUCUGAAACUCAACCAACACAAUCGUGUGUUUGUGUAACAGUCCAAAUCUCCAAACGCAAAGAGAUGCGUGGGGAUGUGUUCUUUGGGGAAGAAAGAAACACUGGUGUAUUUGUUACCAGACACUCUGGUGCUUCAGAAAAGGAGGAAAAAACCAUACACACUGCCUGGAGUCGGCCGAAUUUUGACACGUAAAACACGCUCACUGUGCAUGCUAAGGAGACAGGGUAUUGGAUUUGAAAAAAGCAAGUGCACGACUUCACCACAAGCACACUAAGAACAAAACAGAAAGGAGCUACGGGAAGCGGAGAGGGACAAGCAUGUUGUGAGAUGUUCUGCUGCAGGGAAAGGUGGACCGAGGCUCCUGUGGGCAUUCAAAUGGACCGGGGAGAUGUCGGAGGUCUACCUAUCAAAAACGCUUGCUUUGCCAGGGAGCAGCUUCUGAUGCCAACAUCAUCUGGAUCAUAUUUUAGUAUUUCUCUCUGCUGACCAUCCCCCAAGCCCCCCCCCGCACAACCUUCACUUGCUUCAUGGCUUUCUGUGAAAGGAGCAGAUGAAACUGAGCUGUAUUUUUCGAGCAGGGUCUUUUUUUCUGAAGCUCUGAGGGGGGCAAAUGAGGUGCUAAGGAGAACAGAAAUUUCAAAAUGGUGCUUCUUGCUUGUACUUUUCUCAACUCAUGCUUGUCCCUUCCGGCCUACACCUCCCUCCCUGAUACACCCCCCCCCUUAUCUCAAUCACACCAGCAAUAAUGACUUUGAGGAGAGAGUGAGAGGCAGCACUUUGGAGCAUCCUUCUAUUUGGUGCAUUACAGACUUGCACAAUUCAGUGCAAACUGUACUCUCAAAUGUGCACUAUGUUUGAUAUUUAAAGAGUCUGCUUAAGGCAAGCUGCUCAAAGUGCUGCCUCUCUGAAUUUGUUUAAAAAUAGGAAUUACGAGUUUUUCGCUCGGUCUAAAAAUCCGAGGACUCGCAUGAUAUCCUGCUUAAUUUAUUGUUUUAUCUAUGUUGCUGUUUUUUUAUGUGUUAUUUUUAUCGAUUCUGAAUGAUGUAUUUAUUAAUUGAAAGAGAUAAUGAUUUUAUUAUAUUUCGACCCUAAAGCCUCAGUAAUUCUGAGGGGUUUUCUUCUUUAUAGGGUAUUUUAUUUUGUCUUUAACAAACUUUUUGUAAAUGUGGAUGUUUUAGAGUUCAUGUGAUCAUCAUCUGUUGAGUAGCAAUUUACCUACUAAAUCUUUGAAUAGCUUCUAUUCUUUCCCAACUCUUUACCCCCGUCCCCCCAGUUGAAUAGAUGUGUUCUUGUCUGUCUGGUUUCUCCCUGUAGCCAGAGGUGUUGGGCUAUGUGCAAACAGAAACCACGUUAGGUCGAAAAAUGUCAACUUUCAUUAUAAUUACAUCUGAGCUUUUUCAACUAGUGCCAGUUAUCUUUUUAGCAAAAAAACAAAACAAGUAUUCUGAGCCACUGUGGUCGAUGCAUUAAGAAGUGAACUUCUACGGGAUGAGUGAAUUGAGUUUUUUUUUUUUUUUUAAUACCAGUGCUGAUGUUCGAUGUGUGUUUUGCUCGGGGUGCGCAGUUCUUCACUCUCAGGGAAUGAUGCCAUGGACAUAACCUUCGAUUAACCAGUAGCCUCGUCGUGGACGCAGACAGGAUGUUCUCAGCACUCACUCGAGACUUUAAAGAUUCACCUCCUGCUUGAGGUUUGUUUUUUCAUUGCGCAACAAAAAUCAUUUCAUGGUUUUCAUGUUGUAAAGAUAAGCUGUCAGUCAUUGUACUUUUUUUAAGCAAGCUUUUACAACUUAUGUUAACAUGACUUUGGUAUUGUCCUUCACUGCUUCCUUACACACUUUCAGCUCAGUGUUAUUGGAAACACUCUUGUUGGUUGACUCUAAAACAUCCAUGCUAACUGGCAGUCUCCCAGAGACUUUGAAAGCUUUGCUCAGUUGGCUUGUAGUACACAUGACCUGCAAGGGACUGUGAUCAAUCUACCAGCCCCGACGAGGUGUUUCACAAUGAACCAACCUAAAAGAAUGAGUGUUCAUCACAUUGCCAGACUGAUCGCCUCCUUUUUUCUUACACUACACUUUAACAUUUGAACUCUUUGCAUGUCAAGUCAUUGAAAACAAGAGCUGGCCCGCAGGCAGGGCUUGUAAUAAGCUGUAGUAUUCAUCGUAGUUUCAUACAGUCUUUGUUUCGUAUGCAACUCUCGGCAUUUGUGAAAUGUGCGUUGGUUUUUGCAACAAAAAAAAAAAGUUUUAAACUUCUUAUGAUUUAAAAUAUACAAACACUGGCUAACUGACACUGUUAAUGCGUUGCAUUUUGUUUCUGCAUUUCAAAAAAUUGCGUGUAAAUAAAAUUAAUGAAAUAA